AUGGCCGCCUCCACCCUGUCCGUCCGCUCCAGCGACCUGAGCUAUGGCAGCCGCGUCUGCCUGCCCGGUUCCAGUGACUCUUGCACCGACGCCCCCUGGCAGGUGGACGACUGUCCAGAGAGCUGCUGUGAGCCCUCCUGCUGCGCCCCCAGCUGCUGCCCAUCCACCUGCUGUGCCCCCAGCUGCUGCCUGUCCACCUGCUGUGUCCCCAGCUGCUGCCAGCCCUCCUGCUGCGUCCCCAGCUGCUGCCCCUCCACCUGCUGUGUCUCCAGCUGUUGCCAGCCCUCCUGCUGUGUCCCCAGCUGCUGCCAGCCCUCCUGCUGUGUCCCCAGCUGCUGCCAGCCGGCCUGCUGCACGACCAUCUGCUGCAGGCCUGUGUGCUGCAGGCCCGUGUGCUGCACGCCCGUCUGCUGCACGCCCGUCUGCUGCAGGCCCGCGUGCUGUGUGCCCAUCUGCUCUGGGGCCGCCUCCUUGUGCUGCCAGCCCACCGCCUGCCCCUCGGCCUGCUGCGGACCCUCCUCCUGCAUGUCCCUCAUCUGCCGCCCCGUGUGCAGACCCGCCUGCUGCGUGCCCGUCUCCUCCUGCUGUGGCCCCUCCUGCUGCCAGCCCAGCUGCUGCCGCCCGGCCUCCUGCGUGUCCCUCAUCUGCCGCCCCGUGUGCCCCCGCCCAGCCUGCUGCAUCCCUGCCUCAGCCCAGAAGUCCUGCUGCUGA